UCAGAUGAACUAACUGAGAUUCUGUGGGAACGCGGCUGUCUGGGAUUCCAAGUGAACGCGGCCGUCUGGGAUACUGGCUACGUGAUGUUUACAUUUAGCAGCUGAUCACUGCCUCGUCAGGUGUGCAACAGACUAAUGGCUGAUGUUUACACAAGUCCAGAGAAACAUGUGGUACUUUACAACAAUGUUAAAAUGCCAAUCCUUGGCUUAGGAACAUCUCAUAAUGGUGGAUACAGCCACGAGGCUGUGGUUUAUGCACUCAAAACGUGUGGUUAUAGACACAUUGACACAGCUAAGCGGUAUGGCUGUGAGACGUACAUUGCUCGAGCUGUAGAGGAGUCAGGAGUACCUCGUGAAGAAGUCUUCCUGGCAACAAAAUGUUGGCCAACGGACUAUGGCACCACCACUACCAGAGAGGCCUUCAAUGGCUCUUGUCAGAGAUUAGGUUCAGAGUACCUAGAUAUGUAUCUUCUUCACUGGCCAGAUGUUCCAUCAAGUGUGAAGGAUAAGAAGCAGCUCUUGCGGGACACAUGGCGGACACUAGAGGUACUACUUGAUGAAGAACGAGUGAGAGUGAUUGGUGUGAGUAACUUCUUGGAACGGCAUCUAGAAAUGAUCAUGGAGGAGUGUUCAGUCAUUCCUCAUGUCAACCAGUGUGAGUUUCACCCGUAUAACAACCCAAAAGAGCUCCGAGAAUAUUGUGCAGAAAGAAGCAUCCAGUUUGAGGGCUAUUCUCCACUUGCUAAAGGCUUGGCCCUAAAGGAACCUACAGUGGAGGCAAUAGCCAAGCUUCAUAGGAAAACAGCCUCUCAAAUCCUGAUCCGCUGGAGUUUGCAGGGAAAGGUUCCUGCUAUUCCCAAAUCAACUAAUGUAGAGCGAGUGAUGGAAAACUCUAAGGGUUACUGUCCACUAGCCAAUGGCCAAAUUCUUAAUGAGCCUAGAAUUCAAGAGAUUGCAAGUGUGCACAACAAAUCUCCUGCACAAGUUCUUAUUCGGUGGAAUCACCAGAAGAGAGUUGUAUGUAUCCCAAAGUCCACCAGAGAGCACAGGGUCAGAGAGAAUUCAGAGGUGUAUGAUUUUGUUUUGAGUGAAGAAGACAUGGCAACACUGGACAACAUGAGAGGAAAGCUGACCAUCAUGGACCCAAGUGGUAUACAAGCCAAGAUUGACAACCCCUUGCCUGAUGGGUACAAACUCAAUAUUAUCAAGGUGCAAGCACAACCAUAAAGUAUAAUACAUGAUUAUCAUCAUCACCACACUGCCUUAAUACCCCACAAACUUUUGUGGGGGCAAAAAGCUGCCCACCAAGGAGGGCUGGAAAAAAUAAUUGCGUGGAAAGAAUGCCAAAAAUUUACAGAGUGACGCCUUGCUUCUGUCACUACACUUGUCAGGAUCAGGAAAAUUGUGUCACAGCACACUAGGAAGGUAAAUGGAGAUCAUUUACAGGUACAGAAACUGCAAAAAUCCCAUGCAAGCUGCUCUUAGUUAAAUCUAACCACACACUCAUGUCUAGCCUCUGCAACAGCGUCCCGAUUUCAGUGACUACGUACCAGCAAGACCAAAAUGGCAAAGUCCUCUUAAAAGUAGAGAUUAUUGAAGGCAGGACACUUGUGCAGAUAAGGCAGGGCUACUGCAAUCUGACUUUUGCCGCACUCUGUAAAUAAUAACGUUACAAGUCAUUUGCUCUUGGUUCAUAUGACUGUUAUAAUCUUUGCUACAUGCUUUAUGGAAAAUAUCGGAAAUAGAUAUUUCCGAUAUUUUGAAAACUGCAGGAGGAAGUUUGGGUAAAAUGUGACCCAUGGCAUUACCGUUUUCACUAAUUGGCACAUUUUCGGUAUAAUUUCAAACUGCAAAUAUGUGCUUACGAAACGUAAUGUCAUUCUCUCUAAAUAACUAUAUUUCAAUGAUCAAAAGAGGAUAAAUACCACAUUAUGAGAGUUAUUUGAUGUAACUGAGGAUUUAUAAUGGAGUAUUGUUUCAUUGACUUACCUCUAUGUUAAAUUCAUUGCAUAAUAUAGGUGAAUGUAUACAUCUAUUGCUUAAAUAAAGUAUAUAAAUA